GUGAAUGAUGGCCUCUUCGGCGCUCCGGCCUCUGUGCACGAAGCUCCUGGAGCUUCCCACCGCGGGCAUCGAGGCGCAGGGCCAGGCGAUCGAGGCGGCAGAGGCCCUCGAGAAGAUUUUGGAGGCGCUCCCGGCAUCGGCUCUCCAGAGCUGCUACCAGUGUGCGCUCUUCCCACUGCUGCUCCUCAUCGACGCGGCCGUGGUGCUGCGAGCCAAGGGCGUGGCGGUGCGAUCCAAGCCCGUGAUCGUGAGCGACAGAUUGGCGGAGAGAGUUGCUGCGUGUUUGGAGAUUCUGCUGCGGAAAUGCCCCGUCCAAGACAUCCAGGAGAUGGCGACGCUGCUGCGGAAACUCGUCGGCGCGGCCAUGCUCAAGCCCGACGAGGCGUCGGAAGAAUUCCGCCACGGGGUUGUCAAAUGCCUGGCUUCCAUGUUCCAGCAUUUGCCUCCUCAGGGAGAUGUCGCGGAGAGAAUGCGGUCGGAGGAGAUGGCCGCCGCCAUCGGCCAUUUGUUCUCGGUCUUACUCCAGAUCUCUCAUGCCGAGGCUGCAAGAGCUGGCGUGGGGAGUGCAUCAAUACGAGCCGACUCUCUUGCAACGCUUAGAAUCGUCGUGACGAAGGUUGCAUCGCCCGAUGCUCUCGCGUUUUUUCUUCCCGGUGUUGCCAGCGGGCUUGGAAAAGUGAUCAAGGGUGCAGUUGUGAGCAACGGGAGGUCGGGUUUUGUUUCCGCCGCGCAGUUCUAUUCCGUUGGAGCAGCUGCCAGCAGCCGGUCGUUGAGUGAGGCGAUCCUGGGGAUUGCCGAGUUGCUCGUUCUCGUGCUUGCGGAUUCCCGGAAUUUAGUAACUGCAGACAUCGCCACUCCUCGCAUUCAGGACCAGGAAGCUUUGGGAGCUUUGCAAAAGCUGUCGAAGAAGGCGGUACAUGAAACUCGACGUGAUGAGCAUCAGCUUGAGGUGGCAGACACGAGCAUGGAGGAUCGAAAGGUCAUGCGCGUAGAGUGCAACGAAAGGUGGCUUGCCGACACAGUAUCUCAUAUCGACAAGUUGUUACAGGAUGUUCUUCCCUUGCUUUGUGCUCACCCGGUCGCAGCUGUACGUAAAGCGGUCGUGGAAGCUACCGGGCAAAUAAUUGGAUCUUGCCAGAAGACCUUGGAAGUCUGCAUGCCAUUGCUUUUGGAAACUCUGCUGCUCUUUGCUUGCGGUGAUUCAAGCUCCGUUUCGGCCACUGCAAGUCACCAUCUCUCAUUCCUCGCACAUUCCGGAAGUCACUCCAAACUAAAAUCGGCUUUCACUGCUGUUCUCAACAGGCUUUUGGAGGAUCUGCCUAAAGUUGUUAUUUCAGCAGAUGAAGUUUCUGCAUUGCAUCAUGCGCGACGACUAGCAGCCGCAAUGUAUUACUCAGGCCCCAGAGCUGUCUUUACGUCGCUGUUUCAAUCUCCGGCUUGUGUUUCGCGGUUCAUCACUAUUAUGACACAAUCUCUAAGUCUUCCUUCAACGUUUGCAUCGUCCGGCUACAUUGAAUCCGGAGGCUACAAGUUUCGAGAGAUUUCACUUCCGCAUGGAGCGAGUCUUGAGGCUGAAGUGGCAAAUGAUCAAUUGCCUCGGACAGCUCCUUGGUUUACGCAGGCUGGAAAAGUGAAGCUGUAUGAUGCACUGGCAAGCACUCUGAGGCUUGCUGGAUUCUCGAGCUUGAGAGGUUCUGUCGACAAACCAAGUUUAGCGGACUUGCUACUACUCCUCCAGUCGUCUAUCCGUGAUUGUGCAUCGGAAAGUGGAGCUGACAAGGGUGGCCAGCUUCGACGCUCUGCUGCCGCUGCAGCUUGCGCAUUGAACGAGAUUAUCUACGGAGCAUCUGGAACUUGGCUGGACAGGAAUAAUCUCUUCGGAAGUAAAGACUCCAAUGAAUGGGAUCCGCUGCCGAAGGCAGACUUUCUUUCACAUGUCCGUGACGCCAUUGGCGACGUCCUUCACGAUUACAUGGUGUCAGAAUUGUGGGAUCUUCCAGUUGAUUCUCAAGGAAGUGACGAGAGUGAUCUGCCUAUCCUCGAAGACAAUGCAACACUUCAACAGGUGCUUAUUGAAGGUGUUGGAAUUUUCGGAAUGACUUUGGGAAGCUCGUUCGAAACCAGCGGCUACUUGGGCUUGGUGAUUUAUCCCCUACUGGAGAAGCUGGGCUGUAGCCGAUAUUCGAUCGCCCACGCAGCGAGCAUUUCGUUACGUGGAAUUUCCCAUCACUCCGGUUAUGUUUCUGUGCAAAAACUGGUAGUGGCAAAUUUGGAUCAUGUGGUGGAUUCGUUGUGUCGGCAACUGAGGCACAUAUCAAUGUAUCCUCAUGCGCCUGAGUUUUUGACCGCUAUAUUACAACAAACCGGAGCUGCAGCCGACCUGCUUCCUCUCCUCGAAGAACCAAUGCGAGGUCUUCUCCAGGAACUGGAAAUACCUGGCAGGCACCACCAUCCUUUCCUUACGGUUCCAAUCCUGAAGGCACUGCGAGAAAUAACUAGAGCUGCUAGGCAUGAAAGCUUUGAACUAGCGUCGAGUGAUUUGCCAUCAUCUAUGGAUGAAGGGGAGCAGAACAUUCAGAAGUUGCUGCAGCAUAAAAGAUGCCACCAUUCAGUUUUGACGGUGGCAUCUUCGUGCAUUGUGUCUUCGGCUCCGCUACUUGCCUCAAAAAAUAUCCCCGCGAGGAUUCUUGCACUUGACAUAAUAGAGGAUGGUGUUGCAGCGCUGUCUAAGAUCGAAGCCGCUUAUAAAGCUAGCAACUUGAGAUGGCAAGAAGCCAUGCAAGCUUUCGAAAGAUCCCAAGGCAACUUGGAUUAUGAAACACCGGACAGGGACCCCAACGACGGGAACAAGCUUCUUCCUACCAUUCACCAGAUCUGGCCUCACGUAGUAUGCUGCUUGAGGAGUGAACACCCAGCGGUUCUCGUAAGAUGUUUGAGUGCCAUAGCAUUUGUUGCGCGUGAAUGCGGUGGAUCUUUUCUAGCUCGUCGCCUGCAAAAGGACGUCCUGCCUUUGCUUCUACGGCUUCUUCAAGACGGUCCGGUAACUGGAGGCCGGGUCGGUCUCGACCAGCUUAUAGCGCAGCCUGCCACUCGAGCUCUUGCCACCAGGGAGUCUCCAGGAACAGUUCGUAAAGUCCAAGAAGCAGCGCUCAAGUGCAUCAAAGCUAUAAGCGGGGACAAGAAGAGUGCUCCAGCCUUGGAUGCAAUCUUUGAGACGGUUGCCGGGGCGGUGGUGAGCUUAGCUUGCAGUCAGUGGGAGCUGAAAGAGCUAGCCGCGGAGGCAGCGAGUGCUCUAUCAAGCAGCGAUCCAGAUCUCGUGUGGAUCCUGGCAGCGGACUUGGCUUAUGAAAGCGGCGAGGCGGUGGCUCCUGCGUCUCCGUGUCUUCCAAGCUGCUCGGAGAUACUCCCGCCGCUCACGUCAGACACCGAGGCCUUGUGCUCGCAGUACGCGGGACGGGACUUUCGGCUCCAGCACAAGCUCGACCGCAGGUGUGCGUACGAGCUUCUUUGCAAACUGGAAAGCUCGACUUCGUUCGCUAAGGUAACGGUUUUUUGCUUUUGUUCUUGCUGGUUUUUUAUCUAUCUUCUCGGUAGAAGCAAUGAGGAACUGGCUGGGGCUGUAGAUCUUCGAAACUUUGUAACUCCUGCUUGUGCGUACAUUUCUUUGCUUUUGUUCCUGGUUUAUGAUAAUCGUCUCGGUAGAAGCAUAUACAGCUUCCAAACUUUGUAACUCUCGAGCUCUUGGAGAUAGAUUCCUGGACAAAACUUAUAGCAUACACUCUUUCAUCAAAA